AUGGUUUUUAGACCAUUUUUUAGGAGGUUUGUGUUGGUUUUCUUCGACAACAUACUGAUGUACAGUAGCUAUAUGGAGGAACACAUUGGACAUCUUAAGCAGGUGUUAAGCACUCUUGCUAGCUGCUGCUUAUAUGCUAAGAGAUCUAAAUGCUUAUUUUGGGUACCUGAGGUUGAAUACUUGGGCCACAUAGUGACUAGCAAAGGAGUUAAGCCUGAUCCUAAAAAGGUAGGAGCUAUGUUGGAGUGGCCAGUGCCUAAAAACGCAAAAUCGUUAAUGGGUUUCCUAGGGUUAACAGGUUACUAUCAUAAAUUCAUCAAAAUGUAUGGUUUAAUUGCAGCACUCAUCACUGAUCUCUUAAAAAAGAAUUCAUUUUUCUGGAAUGACAAGGCUGCUAGGGCUUUUUUGGAGCUCAAAACUGCAGUGACUUCACCCCCAAUAUUUAAGCUGCCUGAAUUCUCCCAACCCUUCACUUUAGAGUGUGAUGCAAGUGGAGGGGGUAUAGGUGUUGUCCUCAUGUAG